GCCGCCCGACCUCGGACCGUCGGUUUUUCCGUCGGAAGUUCCGAGGGCCGGAUCGCCUUGCGGAGUGCGCCCAGCGCAUCGAGACCAACUGCGAUUGGCUCCAGUACCAACGCAUGAGGGCCAGCGACGGGAAGCAGGACCUCAUCAGGUCAGACGAAGUGACCCAUUGGUGGCACACCGGUCGCAACGUGGUGUACCAGAAGAUCCGCUCACGCCGAAAAGGCUGGGAUGAUCUCCACACUUACAAGGUGAGAGAGUUGAGCAUGAGCGCUGGUGAGCGUGGUUGCGCAAUGUCGCAUAUCCGAGCCUGGCGGCGGUGCCUGGAGAACAGCCCAGAUCAACCCUUGCUGGUCUUGGAGGACGACGCUGUGCCCACCAAGGACUUCACCGAGGUCUUGAAGAGCGCCAUGGCCUCGCUGCCCAGCGAUGCUGAUGUGCUGUACCUGGGAUAUUCGCAGGCAGCGGACUGGCGACGCUGUGCGGGCGUCCUGGCGGAGGCCGAAUAUGUUUGGACCACCGUGGCGUACAUUGUUUGGCCUUCAGGUGCCCAGAAGUUGUUGUCAAAGCUGCCUGUGAACCAGCCAGUGGACAACUUCAUGGCCCUCCUUUGUGCCGAUCGGGACUUAAAGGCAUAUUGCACCCUUCCGAAGAUCGUGCAUCAAGCGGACGGUUGGAAUGUCAAGUCUGAUGUGGGCCAUUCUGAUGAAGCACCAGCGCCCGGGGCGGUGAUCUCGGACGUCUUUCACACCGACGACAAAUACUGGGGCGAAGGCCCUGCCAAUCCGCACUUCGCGUGCACUUUUGGCUUCGGUUCCGACAUCGUGAAGUCUGACGAUCGAUACUGGGGGUAGAUCUACCUGAUCGAACUCACCUGGGGCGUUGAGGGCCUUCGCCCCGGUGCUACACCAUGGGCCAUUUGGUUCGCCCUCGGAGCUCAUCGCGCAAUGCGCAACUCAUGG